AGCCAUAAUAAUGAGAAUGGAUAAAUAAUCAGAAGCCAAAAGCAAGCAGGAUCGAACGAGUUCAUCCUUCCCCGUGUUUACAAAUAGAGCAAUGGCGGCAAGCGAAGUCAUUCAGCUUGAUUCCGAAUCUUCGGAAGACGAAUACGAGAAGCCACCCAGAGUCCCAAUAGGAUGGAAUUACCAGUCAAAAGCCUCUGACAAGGUAGUCUGUAUGGGUCUGAGGUACGAUUCCUUCCCUUCGGCCACACAGAAGAAAAAGACGUCAAAUGGAGAUGUUGGGGGCAAGGCAAGCUCCAAAGAUGAUGACCUUGAAAUUGUUGAGGUGACCAAGAAGCCUGUGGAAGGGCCACGGUUACCUAAAGGCACCAGAAUUACUCGACUUCCAACCUCCAGCACCAGAACCGAGAUCCGGCAGUUGACGCGUCACACUACGCAAGCAAGCAUCUCCACCUUCUUCAAGAAACAGCCAUCGCCAGAGGUAAAGAAGCAGCCUUUGCCCGAGGUCAAGAAGAAUGGCAAAGAUGCCACUAGUAGAAGAAAGGAAGAAGUCAAAGGAGAAAAAAAAGAAGAGGAGGAGGAGGAGAGCAGCAGCAACAAACCCCUGCGGCAGAAUGGGAGGAAGGAGGAGGAUACAGAGGAAAAUAGCGAGACCAGUAUAGCGGCACUCGAGAAUUUUGUGAGUCGUUGGGAGGAGAUCAAAAGCAGUAGAGAAGACCAAAAGAUUCGAGAAAAACUAUGGAAAUACUACUACCUUGCGCACUCUAGCUACGUGCACUCCAGAAAAUUCAUCAAGCUGGUGGAGUCCUCAACACGCAAACUCACUCUCGACAACAUAUAUGUGAUUAUAAAAGACUUGCUUGACAGUUUGAAGCACUACAAGGACUUACCAUAUGGAGAAAAGUUACCUGAAGAGGAUGGCUGGGAGAAAAAAGGGGACAAGGAUGAGACAGCCACAGAAGCUGAAGAAGGAGAACCAGCUGUAGAGCUCACAGAAGAAGAGAAGAAGAGGAAUUCAAGACUGAGAAAAGUAGAGAAGAAGAUGAAGGAAAUAUCAGAUAAGAUUAAGGAACUGGAGAGAGCAGAAGUAGAUUUAGAUGAUGAAGACAACUCUGCCUAUUUGGUAGAGGAAAGAUUAAAGCGUCAGUUUAGUAAACUACACGAUUAUUACUGCAGAAUUGCUCAAUGUUCCCCUGCCACAGGCCGCCCUAUUGAGAGGAAGUUCAAAUACCAGGGGUCUCGCUAUCCAGAGAUUAACAAGAGGAUCAGUGCAUGGGUGAACAAAAACAAAGAAUUUCCAGAUUAUGUUGAUGUUCUUAAUCUAGUGAAGAAAGUGACUAAACAGAGUAGUCUACCUUUGAGACCAGAAACAGUUAGAGUUCAAGCUCAAGAAAUAUUCCGCGAUGUAGGAAGAAUAUUGAAGGAAAGAAGAGAGAGCGAUGAUUUGUACAAUAUUUAUGGCUAUGCUGAGGAGGAAGAAGUGCCAGAUCCAGCGGCAGAGGACGAUGAGCUCAAUCGCAAGCUUCAAGAGAACGAGACCAUAGCCAAGCAGAAGUUAGAUAAGAUUUUCCAAGACUAUGUGGACAAAGAGGCAUGUGCGAGAGAGAACGCUGACAAGAGUGCUGUGAGAGUGAAAACAGAAGUGAAAGAAGAGAAAGGAGGGAGUGUAGAUACAAACAGUGCAACGGCAGUGGAAGGAACGGAGGUAUCUAAAGCAGAAGUGGACACGUGGAAGCAGGCUGAUGUGAAAGAAGAAAAUGACUUGGAAGAGAAGGAAGAAGAAGAGGAGGAGGAAGAUGGAGAGGAGGAGGAAGAGGAGGAAGAGGAAGAGGAAGAAGGGGAUGAAGAUGGAGAAGAUGAGGAAGAGGAGGAAGAUGUGGAGGAGCAGAUGACAGGAGAGAACUGCGUACAAGACUUUGAGGAUGAUGGAGAUGUAACGGAUGAUGAUUUGAACGAUGUCUUGGCAAGUGCGUGCAUGGAGGAAGAGAUUGAGGACUCGGAAGAAGAUGUGCCAAUCAUGGAUAGUGAAGAUGCCGUCUACAAGGACGUAGCAGAGGAUGACUACAAGAAUGAGGAAAUCAUCUGUCUGGAUGAUGACAACGAUGAGCUUGAGGAUAAAGGGAUGAGUGAGGGAGGACAGCUCCCCACGGAAGCCCCUGCUGAUCCCUUGUCUGCCACUACUUCCAGUGCUUCUCCAUAUGGCCUAAGCGAGAAGCGCAAGCUGGGUAGCGACUCCCUCAGCCCACACAAAAGGCAAUGCUUGGGGGUUGAGAACCCCUGAUGACCUUUGACCUUUGGCCCAAUAAGAUGUGGUUAUUUAUUCAAAGUGUCAUUAAGGUGACUUUGAAUACUCUUCUUCCAUUUGCUUAUAUCCUGUAUACCUUUUUUUUCCCCCUUUCUUUUCUCUUUUUUUUUUCUUUCUUUUCUCUCUUUUCUUUCUUUUCUCUCAUGUCUUUCUUUUCUUUCUUUCUUUCUUUCUUUCUUUCUUACUUUCUUUCUUUCUUUCUUUCCUUCGUUCUUUCUGUAUUUCUGUUUUUAUUUUUCUUAUUUAAAAAUUUUUAUUGACAUUCUACAUAAUAUUUUGGGAAUGAUAUAUGUUCAUUGAUUUUGAUUUUUUUUUUUGUAAUUAAAUUAUUUUUAUUAUAUUUAUGUGUUUAUGUUAAAGAUUUCCCACAAUCAUAUUUCUUUUUCUGUAUUUUUCUCUCUGUUGACAUUCUGCAGUAUUUUGGAAACUGAACAUAUAUAAACUUGUAUAGAGAGAGAAAUUAGAUUAUAUAUUUAAUUUCUUUUUAUUAUUGUUUCGCUCCUUAUAUUAUUACAAUUUUUUUUUGUUUUUGUUGACAUUGCAUAAUAUGUUGAUUCUCAGGUGUUGCUUUUAUCAGUUCAUCGUCUUUCUUUUUCUAAUUAUUUGAGUUUUUAUUUAAUUUUCUAAAGUAUUAAUGAUUUCCCCCCCAUCUCAUUUGCAUUGCAUCAUCCACGUUUCCAAGUGUGGUGUCCAGUCACGUACUGUAAGGUAAUUUGGUAUUUUUAUACAUAUCCAUGUAUUAUAUUAUGUAAUUUGGGAGUCAUCACUAUAGUUGAAGAAAAGGUUAAAAAAAAGUGUAGCUAGUAAGUUGCUCUGAGACUUGCUCUUGAUCACUUUUUUUCUUUCUUUCUUUCUUUCUUUCUUUUUGUUUCCAUUUAACUUGUAAAGGCACAGGGUAUGUGUGACCAUCUUAGGAGUCCCUUUGAGGAAAUCUUUUGUACAAACCUUCCAUUAUUGUAGCAGCAAAUAUGACCCUCAACCUCAACCAUCGAUCUCCAAGCACUCCCCAUCUUUUGAAUGUGUAUUUUUCGUCUUUUUAUAUGAUCUUUACACAUUUUAUUUAUUUUUUUUAGUCUUCCCUCAUCCCCUUCUCCCUCCAAUUCCCCUUCCCAUAUAGACAUGAUGAUCUGCUGUGGUGAUAGAUGAUAACUUUCUGACAUUUGUGAAAGAUGAUGGCAUUCUAGUGAUUUUUACUGAGAUGUAUACCAGAUGUAGCAUUAAAGUAUUUAAGACAUGUUUUA